CAGGACUGGAAAUGAGAAGCCCGCAGUCUUUCAAGCAAGGACAUUCUUUUGGGUACCAGGGCAUACCCAUUGUCGAACGACUGAAUCGAGCGCGGGCAAUCAGAAGGAGACGUGCCCCGACAAUUCCAUGAUGGGAAGGGCGGAGUAAGCAAUGGGUCGCAUGAACGGGUAUUCGAUCGUAUCCCGAGAUCUCCGUCUCGUACAGUACCAAGUGAUCAGAACUUUGACCUUAAAGCCGCCGUACCUGAGUUGCUUUUAGAAGUGUUGUCGGUGUUGCCAGCACCACUGGCGAGAGGCUCAAAGUUGUUCAAGUUGUACGAUAUGAGGCUGACAAAUAAUUUGACUGAUGAUCGGACAUGAGCCUUGCCAGAACCCGCCUUACAUAUCAGCCAGGGCGGUCUCAGCAUAUCUGUAGUAUAGCAAAAGUGUUUGAGAGAAGAUAAGCAAGUCCAGCUGGCACUGGAGGCAGUACAAUCCGUUAAACAUCAUGGUUUGGCGAAUCAGAAGUAUCAGGUGUUAAGUCGCAAAAUGUAUCGAGAAGUAAAUGGGAAGACAUACGAUUGACACUAGCUCUGCUGACAAAGAGGCGAGCAUUGCAAGAAAAGGCCUCGGUCUAUUCACAGUUAAUUGGAGGCAAGCGAUGCCGUACGACCAGGCUUCACGACGCCGUAUAACCCGGGAAUGUGCUCAUAUUUCAGGGUAGACAUCCGUUCGCCUCAGUAAUGGAAUACCUUUCCUGACCUCUUUGACAAGAUCCAAGUCAAUGUCGACGGUGAACAUGUCUGGUUCACGGGCGAGCUCCUUUUCGCUAUCCAGAUCAUCCACAUGGUCUAGACGGCGGACAAUCUGACCAUUUGGGGAGAUGACAAUGGCAUCGCCAUAACUGACGCGUUUCUCGUUAUGUCGACCACACUGUGCUGCGGCAAUUACCCAGCAUUGCGUCUCUAUCGCUCGACUACGAAGGAGAACCUCCCAGUGGAGUUUUCCGGUCGGAACGGUAAAGGCUGAUGGGUACAGCAGAGCUUCCGCUCCUUGGCGACGCAGCCGGAUGGAGGGUUCAGGGAACCGCAGGUCAAAACAUAUCAGGCUACCGAGCUUACCCAAAACCGUCUGAUAUGGAGGCACAGUCUCAUGUCCAGGCUCGACAGAGUCGCUCUCCUUCAGUCUCGGCCCAUUAGGGCGUAGGUCAAUAUCAAACACAUGCAGCUUUUGAUAUCGGUGAGCGAUCUCUCCCUCUUUGUCGAUCCAUAUCAGAGUGUUCUUUAUUCUUUUGGAAGACGGAUCGGUUGGUUCAUGGAUACCCACGUUGAUCAGCAACGAGUUGUCCCUUGCAGCCUGCUGGAGGCCACGGACAAAUGGGCUUUUGGAAACGUCUUGACAGAGUCCUACAGACUCGGCUGAGGAGGAAGCGAUAUAAUCGGAAGCCUCAGGGAGGAAGAGUGCCUAGAUUGGGCGUGGGCUGUGAGGAUUUGGUCAACGGCGAGUGUUAAGAAGCCUGGCAUUGGCAGGGAGGGUUCCGUCCACGCCGCGCUUCAUGGAGCCAACUGACCUUUGCGCCUGCUGCGACAGCUCGCUUGACAAGCUGCUGGCAUUGGGCGAGGUUAUGGGUCAUGGACGCAGUUGAGCAGAUCUGCCCAACAGCCUAGCAUACCAAGCGGUUAGCUGGGUGACUGAAACACACCGGCAUUGCGGCUCCCAGGCAAACAUACGGCGAGCACCAUUGUGGAUAUUGUGCGCAUACGCAGGUCCGCUGGGUUUCGGGUGCGGCGGUCAGUUGAUGGCGGGGGAACGCUAGAAUCAGCCAGGUAUACUGAAGUAACAGUCUCCCGUCGAUUUUCCAAGGCUGAAGAAACAAGCUAUUAUUACUGGCUUGAGAAACGAGAUGCGCUUAAGGUGGCAGUGCAGAGGUCCCCGAUGACCGGACUGCAGUGUAUCACGAUCAACACCAGGACUGAGGGGCAGGAUGCAGAGGAGCCGCAGCCAGUUAUCGGCAGAGUUUCCCAAUAUGGCGCAGCACAAACAGCACAAACUCGGGAUGUUUCCGUGCCGCAUGCGAGUCCAUCUUUCGUCCAGUGCCCUCCCACGAACGCGGUGGCAUUUCUGGUUGGUGGACUUCAACCUCGUCUUGUGCAAACCCCGGACCACGAACCGUCUCCAUCCCCCGGACCCCUCGCGCCCCUCGGCCCCCUCCAUCAUCCCGCUCUGGAUCACCAACAUCGAGCACGACGUCUAUCAACGAGGCUGCAACUGUCGAGUCUCUAGCGUUGAAAGAGAUGGGAGCCGUAGCGGCGAACGGCGCGAGUGUCAUGUGAAUUAGUGGUUGCUUCUAGCAACAACUGAAAAGCAGCAGAGUCCCGCUGUCUGGGUUCCGAUCCAAGCUCUGGCUGGCCUGAAGUGUUCGGUUCCGAGGUUUGCUUGGAGGUGCAAGCGAAAGCCACGACGAGUUCCUGCAGAGACGACUUGGUCGAAGUGUACUUUACCAUGGCGCUCUCCACAACGCGAGCCGCACGCCAGAUUCGUUUCUCCAGAUCUCCUGCCGCCGAAAGCCCACAGCUAGAGCCUUCAUUGGGACGUUAUACCGCGCUUCCGCCGGUUCCCUUGUGGCCGUCGAUACCCCGCCUUUUCGAGCCUUGACCACUAGGUCCACAACUUGUCCCAUGGGGGCCCAGCUAUUGAAUGUCGAUUCGACACUGGUGGUCCUGGUGGAUUAUAGAAUCCCCGGGAAUUUGUGUCUCGACAAAGGGGACUUCACAACUAUAUAUUUCGAGUUCAACCCCUGCUUCAUCUCCGCAAAACUGGUCUCCUCGACAAUCCACACAUCGCCAGAACCAGAGCCUCCAUCCUUCCACAAUCUACACGCAAUACUACUCAGACUCUCACCAUGGCAUCAGUCGAUAUCCCUAAGGUCCAGAAGGCCGCCGUCAAGGAUGGCUCUGGAGACAAUGCCAAAGCCCCAGUGAAGGAAGUUGAAGUCCCCCAGCCCGGUCCUGGCCAAAUCCUCGUUAAGAUUAACUGGACUGGUCUAUGUGGUUCUGACAAAUCCCUGCUCCAUGAUGAGUGGUCAGGAUUUGGCGUUGCCAUGCAACCGUCCACCAAGGGCAUUGCAGGACACGAGGGUGCCGGUGUUGUCGUUGCUGUGGGCGAAGGCAUGGAGAACAAAUGGAAGGUUGGCGACCGUGCCGGCAUCAAGUGGGUGUGGAGCACCUGCGGCGAGUGCGAGUUCUGCACCAACGGCACCGACGAGCUUCACUGCCCGAACCAGAAGAACUCGGGCUUUACUGUCCCCGGUACCUUUCAACAGUACGCUCUGAGCGACGGCAGAUACACGACACGUAUCCCAGAUGGUGUUACGGACGAGGAAGCAGGCCCCAUCAUGUGCGGUGGUGUCACAGCAUACACUGCAUGCAAGCGAAGCGGUCUACGACCCGGCCAAUGGAUUGUCAUUGGCGGUGCUGGUGGUGGUUUGGGCCAUCUGGCAGUGCAGUAUGCCAGAGCUAUGGGAUUGCGGGUUAUCGCCAUUGACGGAGGUGAUGAGAAGAAGGAGCUGUGCAAGAAGCUCGGCGCCGAAGAGUUCAUCGACUUCACCAAGGUCAAGGACACCGCUGCCGAAGUCAUGCGGAUCACCAAAUAUGGUGCCCAUGGUGUCAUUGUCAUUGCUGCCACCAAGCAGGCCUACGAGACUGCCCCGAGCUUCCUCCGACCCGGCGGCACUGUCGUUGCCGUCGGUCUGCCCAAGGAUCCCACGGUUCUUGCGGGCGCUCCCCCGAUCAUGAUUUGCUUGAGACGUCUCAACAUUGUCGGCAGUGUUACUGGUACCCUGAAGGACGUCGAGGAGGCCCUGGACUUUACUGCCCGUGGCCUCGUCCACCCCAUCUUGACAAAGGGUACCUUGGCCGACGUCGACAAGUAUAUUGAACAGAUGCUUGCUGGCAAGCUCUCUGGCAGAGCUGUGUUGAAGGUCUCAUAGACAGUUACAAUACUUGUCGCUAUGUAAGAUCAUGACUUAAAAUGAAAUGGUACCACAAACUUGAACCAAUA